AUGAGUACCAUACAGAAUCUCAAAAAUUUCAUACGUCAUGGCAAGCAAGCCCGCCUGGUGACGCCGCAUGCCGAACCCACCACCAAUGUUUCGCCCAUCCAUGCCGAACAACAACGUCAACCACAGGGCUCCUAUCCCGCCGCUGCCGGCAACCUCGACGCCAUUGACAGCAAACUAGGCAACGGAAACGCUCAGCCUUCUCAGCGGAACUCCGACUCGUCACAGUCUAGGCGCGCUCGCGAACUCGAGAUCGAGCAGAUCAUCGCCGAAGAGAAAAGUAGUCGGAACAAGAUGCCUAAAUACCCGGGUCUCGAGCGCUGGAUCUUGAUGGAGAAGAUGGGGGAUGGCGCCUUUAGCAACGUCUAUCGCGCCAAGGACACCACCGGCGAGUUCGGGGAAGUCGCCAUCAAGGUGGUGCGCAAGUUUGAGAUGAACAGCAACCAGACUGCCGCCCAUCUGCAUCCGGGGAUCAGAAAGAAACCCAAAGCUACGGAGCGUGCCAACAUCCUGAAAGAAGUGCAGAUCAUGCGCAAUCUCGACCACCCUAACAUCGUCAAGCUGAUUAGUUUCUCCGAGUCGCGUCAAUACUACUAUAUCAUCCUCGAACUCUGCCCCGGUGGCGAGCUGUUCCAUCAAAUCGUGAGAUUGACCUACUUCAGUGAAGAGCUCAGUCGCCAUGUUAUUGUGCAGGUCGCCCAGGCAAUUGAGUAUCUCCACGAGACUUCCGGAGUUGUGCAUCGUGAUAUCAAACCCGAAAACCUUCUCUUCUACCCGACAGAAUUCAUCCCGAGCAAGCACCCCAAACCUCGCCAGCCCGGUGACGAAGACAAGGUCGACGAGGGCGAGUUUAUUCCUGGAAAAGGUGCUGGUGGUAUCGGCUUGAUUAAGAUCGCCGACUUUGGGUUGUCGAAGGUUAUCUGGGACAGCCAAACCAUGACGCCGUGUGGAACAGUCGGAUACACCGCCCCUGAGAUCGUCAAAGAUGAGCGGUACUCCAAGAGUGUCGAUAUGUGGGCCCUGGGUUGCGUUCUCUACACUCUCCUCUGUGGUUUCCCGCCGUUCUACGACGAGAGCAUCCAGAUCCUGACUGAAAAGGUUGCUCGUGGUCAAUACACCUUCCUAUCGCCGUGGUGGGACGAUAUUUCCAAGUCGGCCCAGGAUCUGAUCUCUCAUCUCCUGACGGUGGAUCCGGAGAAGCGCUAUACCAUCAAGCAGUUUCUCGCCCAUCCCUGGAUCCGUGGCACCGAUGAAGCUACCGAAGCUGCUGCGGACGCUCCUCCACUUGCAACGCCUCUUACUACCCGCAAGCAGGGACAGCCCUUGGAUGCAUUUGCGGCCGAUCAAGCGCCAUUCGCUCCGAUCAGUGCCCGCCUGGGCGACCAACCAUCGGCUGGUAUGGAACGCCCCAUGGACUUCCGUUCUCCUGGAGCGAUCAAUUUGCGCGAGGUCUUCGAUGUUGGUUAUGCCGUGCACAGACAAGAAGAGGAGGGCAAACGUCGCAAGAACUUCCGUCAAGGUUACCGUGGGGCCAACCCCUCGACGAACUUCCGGUCGGCGCUGAACCCUCUGAACGAAGACUACGAUGAGCCGGAUGAGAUCAACUAUCAACCCAUCCAGCGCGAAGAUUUUGCCCCUUCCAAGAUCCCCAAGUCCUCACAGCAGGCCGGUGAUGUCGCUGCCAUGGAGGCGAAAUUGCGAUCUACAAACUUGAGUGGUGCUCCCAGCCAUGCCGCGCAAGCACGACAAGCCCAUCAACCCCGACAGCAACAAGGCUACGGGCAACACAGUGCCAAGGUGGCCGCCGCUGCAAGACAGAGCAUUGCCCGAGGCGCGCGGGAGCCUUUCGAGCUGAACCUGGAUAACGCUACUCUCCUAGAGAAACGCGGUCGACGCCACCAGCCUGUUGCUUGA